AUGACGACAAAGAACACGACGAAGCGCGACAUGAAGCUCCUCGUGAGCUUCGUGGCCAUGAUCUUCGUGGGUCUCGGCAAUAAGAGUAAACGACUGACGCUACUCCAAACGAUCCCAAUGCACAAUUACCCGACGUUUCUCAACCUGCUCUCCACGUUCAUCUACAUUCCCAUCAGUUUUGCGUACAUUCUGCCAAUGAUCAAAUAUGGCAGUGCCAUCACGUGGGACCAGCGCAGUAUUCCCAAGCAAAAAUUCGCAGUCAUGGGAGGACUGGACUCGAUCGCUGGCAUCUUGCAAGUGUUUGCGGCCACUUAUUUGGGUGGCUCGCUGAUUAUUUUGCUGGGUCAGGCUGCCAUCCCAAUGACAAUGUUGAUCUCCAGUUUGCUGUUAAAAGCCAAGUACUCGAGCUACCAAUAUGUCGGUGCAGCGGUCGUGACGCUAGGUCUGCUCGUUGUGUUGGGUACUGGGCACUCCAGUAGCAGUGCCGGCACGGACUCGAACCUGAUCGUACUGUGGUCGACCGUCAUGAUCCUCAGCUGCGUCCCCAUGUGUCUCUCAAGUGUUUACAAGGAAAAGGCACUUGGAGAGACGGAGCUUGAUGCAGUGUACCUGAACGGAUGGAUUGCAGUCUUCCAGUUCCUGUUCUCCAUCCCGCUCACGUUUCCCGCCGCUAUGGUCGGGGAUCAUCCUGUCACACCUCGCGAACUUCCAGAGAACCUGAAGGACGGGUUGAUGUGCUACUUGGGACAAAACACUGUCACUCAUGGUGCUCACGAGGACGACUGUGAAAAGGCGACUCUCUACGUGACGGCAUAUCUGCUGUUUAACGUAGUCUACAACCUCUUGAUCAUUCUGAUCCUCAAGUUCGGCAGCGCAAACAUCCUCUGGCUGGCCAUGACGAUCAUGGUUCCACUUGGCAACGUCGCAUUCACGUUCCCAUUUAUGCCCGAGCACCAGCCACUCCAUGCAAAGGACAUUGCAAGCUUAGUGCUGAUCAUGCUCGGCCUCUUCAUUUACCGCUUCCUGGCAGAGCUGCUGGAUGCGUGGAGCAAGCAAAGACCCAUGUACUUCCGCGAAAAAGGGAUCGCAGCAGACGAGCAGCUGAAGCAGGCGCUCCUCGCGAGCGAUAGCGACGACAACACGGACGAGAUGGAGCAAGACGUAUAA